AUGCCUGGGUUACGUAAGUUAAGAAUUGGUUUUUUGAAUCCAGGAUCUCUGGGGACACACCAUGACGAAUUCAUGCUGGCUAUUAACCGCCAUGAUGUAGACAUUAUGGCCUUAAAUGAAACUUGGUUGAGAGAGGGUGAGGAAGGGCGAGCACCAAAUAUCCCGGGAUAUCGUUUGCGCCACAAACCGCGUCCUGCUGAAGUGCGCGGCCGUGGUGGGGGUGUGGGCUACUAUAUUAGACGAGGAAUAACAGCACGAACCCUCAUUCAAUCUUCAACAUCUCCGGACAUAGAACAAAUGUGGCUUAGUGUGAUCGUGGGAGGGAAAAAGUUAGUGAUCGGCACUGCAUAUCGACCUCCUUGGCUAAAUCCAUUUAAGUUCUUCGAAGGACUUACGGAGAUGUUCACUACACUUCCUGUUCAUGACCAUGUGGUUCUGGUGGGUGAUUUUAAUAUUAAUUUUUACGAAUCUGAUAAUUACUGUACACGUACGCUAUGUGAGUUCUUAAUGUACACGAAUCUCAAACAGAUUGUUAAUAAGCCUACUCACUUUACUGCUCACAGUGAGACAUUAAUAGAUUUAGUCUGUGUAGAUGGUAACACUAGUGAAGUAUGGGUAGACUAUAUACAUGAGCUUAGCAGUCAUGCGUUCUUAUCAUUUGAAUUUAAUAUACGCAAAUAUAAACCUAAGCCUCUUCGAAAAUCUUAUAGAAAAAUUAGUAGCAUUAAUGAAAAUGAUCUCAAAAACUAUUUAACAAAUUUCAAUCAACAAUGUCUUAAUAUAUAUGACGUCAAUAGUCUUGUUUCUCAAUUUAAUAGUAUGUUAUUAUCUGUUUUCGAUUCCUUAGCACCUCAGUUAUGUGGACUUUUUAAAGAGUCCCAAUAUCCGUGGAUUACUUACAACAUCAACGAAAUGAUUCGUACUCGUAAUGAGGCACACAUAAGAUCGCGACAUACUCAGAAAGAUACUCACAUAGCGUACUAUAAGGAUCUGAAAUCAGAAGUUGAACUAGCAAUUCAUAGAGAGAAGGGUGCAUAUUUUACUCAAUUCAUAAAUAAUAACGCUAAGAGACCGAAGUUCAUGUGGAAGCAUUUAAAGAAUAUUUUAGCCUAUAAGAAAAAACGGGAUACCACGUGCCUACCAGAUCAUUUGUCAGAACCGAAUAAUUUUAAUAGAUUUUUUCUAACCUUGCCCGGAAAUAGUGACGUGGCAUCUAGUGACAUACAUUACUACACGAAAAAUAGACAUUUCUCUAAUUGCUUCGUUCUAAAACAGGUAGACGAGAUAACAAUUCUAAAAACUCUACGGAGUAUUAAAUCUAAAGCGAUAGGAGCUGAUGGUAAGUAG